UCGAAGGCUCAUCCCUCUGGCCGUCUUUCCCUCCCUCCCUCCAUAGCCGAACACUUUCGCUGCAGAUACUUCACAACAACCGCGCCUCGUCGAAAUCUCUGAACUCGGCCCUCCGUCCUGCGUCUUCGUCUUCCGGACAGGAUUGGUUGAAUCUCUAUCUGCUCUGCUCCGCUGUCUUUAGUUCUGUCGUGUUCCGAGCCUGAGCGUGACCCCAACCCGCCGGACCGCGAGGGAGGGUGUGCCAUUUCCAUUACUGCCUCACUGCCUUUCUUCAUUCCUUGCGAGCUUCCACACGUUCAAGAUCUUGGUCUCUCUUGGUCGUGAGGGAGCGACGAGCGAGCGAGGGUUUGUCUGCCUGUCCGGGUGGGCUAUAGCUUGUGCGUCGUGCCUCUCGAACUGAAGUGCGAUAGACUUGCAAAAGCCUUGCGAGGAAUUUUCUUCCGGGGCCAUUAAAAUGGCUCAACGUCGGCUGAUCAUUUUUUGGUGCAUUCUCUUGUGCUUCAUUUUCACUUGUCAGUUGGUGCUCGGGAUAGAAUUGAGACAUUCCGAGGAGGAUGACAAGCUGGAUUCUAGCGUCAGUCCCGUCGACGAGAAGAAUUUCUACCACACUGACGAUGGGAACAUGAUCGAGAUGUUUCCGGAACCGGAGUUUCAUCUCCGCUUCGCAAACAGUACCCGUCGAAAGCUCGGGGAGUUUCUGGGUUGUGCAUUCUGCAAAUGUUGCGACGCGGCCAAGACCUUUUGUAAAGCGGGCUUGCCAUGUUGUUACAGCAUCAACUGUAACGUACAGCCUUUCGGCUUCUGUAAAUUCGUUCCAAUUGCUUGUAAUUGUAAGGAGUGUGGAAUUUAAAUAAUUAAUUAGCUCUAGCAUCUUAAAUUCUUCAGGCACAAAGAAACGCUCCUGUUAGUGGACAUGAGAUUGAGGCUCCGCCUCGAUGAAGUUGCUGCCUCUCAGCUCAAGGCUCAGCAAUUUGUCCAUACUGUAUCUCUCCAAUAUCAGAGCGAGGCCGACCGAGGCUGAGGUGGGGAUGAGUGAAGGGCAGGAUGAAGUGCAACCAGGGAUGCGAGGAACUCGCUUCUGUGACAUAGGAAUAAGCACAAUAAUUCCCGCAACUGGGAAUUGCAUCUGUAAUUGUCAAUGAGAUAUCGUCUUUGUAGGAAUACUUUUUGCAGGCUUUUCUGAUUGAGUCAUCAACUUCUGACUGGAGUUUCACCUCGAAGCUCCCUUUUGUAUAAUGUUUUUACCAUUUGUCACCGUCCAGGCUUUUUUCUGGGCCCUGAUAAGAAAGAGAAUACGCACGUUCUGGCACCG